AUGGAAUACUUUAAGAAUACAAUGUCUAACAUAUUCAAUAAACUGAAACACAUAUUCGAAACUGAAUCAACAACACACACGGAUAAUCGUCAUGUUCAAAAACAGACGAAACCAGACGUCGUAACGAGGUAUGACUUGUUACAUGGAAGAAACGGUGCUAAAUCUAAUCUCCGAUCAAAGAGCAAAUCAAAAGGAGGCAAACACCACCCUAUAUCAGCUCGUGUCGUCUAA